AUGGCCUUGUUCAUCCCACCGAUGCUGGCGCCACGGGAGGUUUCCAUAUCCCUACAGCAGUUAGCCACUGACUCGGUGGCUGUGACCAUCAUCCCCCUGGGAACGGGAUACCAAACUCAACAGGAGAAAGCUCUGGCACAAUUCUUGAGGAGCGAGACCGCCUUUCUGGAAGAGUUGGUGUUUGGAAGUGGAGAUACCAUUGAACUUUCCUGUAACACCCAAGGCUCUUCUGUGUCUGUUUUCUGGUUUAAAGAUGGUAUCGGGAUUGCACCUACUAACAGAACUCAUAUUGGACAAAAACUGUUGAAGAUAAUCAAUGUGUCAUAUGAUGACUCGGGGCUGUACAGUUGCAAGCCAAGGCAUUCCAACGAGGUCCUGGGAAACUUUACAGUCAGAGUUACAGAUUCCCCUUCGUCAGGUGAUGAUGAAGAUGACGAUGAUGAGUCAGAAGAUACAGGUGUCCCCUUCUGGACCCGGCCAGAUAAGAUGGAGAAGAAGCUGCUGGCAGUUCCCGCCGCCAACACCGUUCGCUUCCGAUGUCCGGCGGGUGGAAACCCAACUCCUUCCAUCUACUGGCUGAAAAAUGGCAAGGAGUUCAAGGGAGAGCAUAGAAUUGGGGGCAUCAAGUUGCGACACCAGCAGUGGAGCUUGGUGAUGGAGAGUGUUGUGCCGUCAGACCGAGGAAAUUACACCUGUGUUGUGGGGAACAAAUACGGCAAUAUUAGGCACACGUACCAGCUUGAUGUAUUAGAAAGGUCGCCCCACCGACCAAUCCUACAAGCAGGGCUCCCUGCCAACCAGACUGUGGUGGUAGGGAGCAAUGUGGAGUUUCACUGCAAGGUCUACAGCGAUGCCCAGCCUCACAUCCAGUGGCUGAAACAUGUGGAAGUCAAUGGCAGCAAAUACGGACCCGAUGGGACGCCCUAUGUCACAGUGCUGAAGACGGCAGGUGUUAACACAACGGAUAAGGAGCUAGAGAUUCUGUACUUGCGAAAUGUUACUUUUGAGGAUGCUGGGGAAUAUACUUGUCUCGCAGGGAAUUCUAUUGGGUUCUCACAUCACUCUGCUUGGCUGACGGUGCUACCAGCGGAGGAGCUCAUGGAAAUGGAUGAUUCGGGCUCAGUGUAUGCUGGCAUUCUCAGUUACGGCACUGGCUUUGUUCUCUUCAUCCUUGUGCUGGUCAUUGUGAUUAUCUGCAGGAUGAAAAUGCCAAGCAAAAAAGCCAUGAACACCCCCACUGUACAGAAAGUCUCCAAAUUUCCACUCAAGAGACAGCAGGUGUCAUUGGAGUCCAACUCUUCCAUGAAUUCCAACACACCCCUGGUCCGGAUCACGCGUCUCUCCUCCAGCGACGGGCCGAUGCUGGCCAAUGUCUCUGAGCUGGAACUGCCUCCUGAUCCUAAGUGGGAAUUGGCACGCUCUCGCCUGACCUUGGGGAAGCCGCUCGGCGAGGGGUGUUUUGGCCAAGUGGUGAUGGCAGAAGCGAUUGGGAUUGAUAAGGACAAGCCAAACAAGGCCAUCACAGUUGCUGUCAAGAUGUUAAAAGAUGAUGCCACAGACAAGGACCUUUCCGACCUGGUCUCUGAGAUGGAAAUGAUGAAAAUGAUUGGGAAGCACAAAAACAUUAUUAACCUCCUCGGUGCCUGCACGCAGGACGGACCGCUCUACGUGUUGGUGGAAUACGCGUCGAAGGGGAACUUGCGAGAAUACCUCAGGGCACGUCGCCCACCUGGCAUGGACUAUUCCUUCGACACCUGCAAGCUGCCGGAGGAGCAGUUGACCUUUAAAGACCUGGUUUCCUGUGCCUACCAGGUGGCCCGUGGCAUGGAGUACUUGGCAUCUCAGAAAUGCAUUCAUCGCGACUUGGCAGCCAGGAAUGUGUUAGUCACUGAAGACAAUGUGAUGAAAAUAGCUGAUUUUGGCCUCGCUAGAGACGUUCACAACAUCGACUAUUACAAGAAAACCACCAAUGGUCGGCUGCCUGUGAAAUGGAUGGCUCCAGAAGCCUUGUUUGACCGGGUCUAUACUCACCAGAGCGAUGUCUGGUCUUUUGGAGUGCUACUAUGGGAGAUCUUCACUUUGGGAGGGUCUCCGUACCCAGGAAUUCCCGUUGAGGAACUCUUCAAACUCUUGAAGGAAGGCCAUCGGAUGGACAAACCUGCAAACUGCACCCAUGAUUUGUACAUGAUCAUGCGGGAGUGCUGGCACGCCGUCCCCUCGCAGCGGCCCACCUUCAAGCAGCUGGUGGAAGACCUGGACAGGGUCCUCACCGUCACGUCCACCGAUGACAGCAGUCUGGCCUCCACUGCACACCGCCUGAUCCAGCCAAGAGAACUACAGCAGAACGUUAACUAUGUGACGUUGGACCUUGAGCCCUUAGGAAACCGCUGA